GGAGAAGCAGCUCUUUGCAUCUCCAGUGAAAGCGGUUUUCGACUCACCUAGUUUGCCCGAGGAGAAAUCACCCGGAUUUUUGCUGCAGCUUCCAGCUUCUUUGUGCAUCUCUGUGAUUUUUCUCCGGCGGGGACUUUGCGGCGUCCCAGAUUCCCAGCGGGAUUGGACAUCCUAUCCAACUCCUCUCUCUCUGUUCCUGGAGGAUCCUGGUUCUCUCUGGGACUCCCCUGAACACGUGAGACCGGCGUUUCCAGCUUGGCACCGGGAGAAAUUUGCCUACAACUCUCUCUGGGAUCCACGUGGACCGACCAGCUCGCUCUGCGGUGAUAUCUGAUUGGGUUGUGUUUGUGUCCAAAAGUCCUUGGAGGGGGGUUUAGAAGUCUCUGUGUGUCUCUCAGGAAGUGUUCUGGUGGGGGGUUUUGGGAUCCAGCUUUAGUGCCAGGGGCUUAUAACCCAGUUCUUUCUGUGUUUGCCACUCGCACAGUCGGAGCCAUGCAGCUGGACAAUGUCACCAGCGCGGGCGUCCACUCCUUCCAGGGGCACCGUGGAGUUGCCAACAAGCCCAAUGUGAUCCUGCAGAUAGGGAAGUGCAGGGCAGAAAUGCUGGAGCAUGUCCGGAGGACCCACCGGCACCUCCUGACAGAGGUCUCCAAGCAGGUGGAGCGGGAGCUGAAGGGAUUGCAGAAAUCCGUGGGGAAGUUGGAGAACAACUUAGAGGACCACGUCCCAACUGAAAACCAGAGAUGGAAGAAGUCCAUCAAGGCCUGCCUGAUCAGAUGCCAGGAGACCAUUGCCCACCUGGAGAGGUGGGUCAAGAGGGAGAUGAAUGUUUGGAAGGAGGUCUUUUUCCGCCUGGAAAAGUGGGCUGACCGCCUGGAGUCCAUGGGAGGCAAAUACUGCCCUGGGGAGCAGGGCAAGCAGACAGUGUCCGUCGGGGUGGGAGGUCCGGAGAUAAGGCCAAGUGAGGGGGAGAUUUAUGAUUAUGCUCUGGACAUGAGCCAGAUGUAUGCCCUGACCCCUCCUCCUGGGGAGGUGCCUAGCAUCCCCCAGGGCCACGAUUCCUACCAGUGGGUCUCCGUGUCGGAGGAUGCUCCAGCCUCCCCGGUGGAGACCCAGGUGUUUGAGGAUCCCCGGGAGUUCUUGAGCCACUUGGAGGAAUACUUAAAGCAGGUGGGUGGAACAGAGGAAUAUUGGCUGUCUCAGAUCCAAAACCACAUGAACGGCCCAGCUAAAAAGUGGUGGGAGUACAAGCAGGACUCCGUCAAAAACUGGGUUGAGUUCAAGAAGGAGUUCCUGCAGUACAGCGAAGGAACUCUGACUAGGGAUGCCAUCAAAAGGGAGCUGGAUUUGCCCCAGAAAGAGGGGGAGCCCCUGGAUCAGUUCCUCUGGCGCAAGAGAGACCUGUACCAGACCCUCUAUGUGGAUGCAGAUGAGGAGGAGAUCAUCCAGUAUGUGGUAGGCACCCUCCAGCCCAAACUGAAGCGUUUCCUGAGCUACCCCCUGCCCAAGACCUUAGAGCAGCUGAUCCAGAGGGGGAAGGAAGUCCAAGGCAACAUGGAGCACUCUGAGGAGCCCAGCCCACAGAGGACCCCUGAGGUUCAGCCAGGAGACUCCGUGGAGACCGUGCCCCCCUCAACCACUGCCAGUCCCGUGCCGAGCAAUGGGACUCAACCAGAGCCCCCCAGCCCCCCAGCCACUGUCAUAUGAGCUCCCCUCAGGGGGGUCUGGGUUCCGUGGAAGGGAGAAGGGGGCUUAUUUAGGAAGCUUCUCCUUGGAGGGAAGUUCUGGCUGAGACCUGAGGAGCGCUCAGUCCAACAGCCCAGAGCAGAGGGAUUGGCUUUGCUCCUGGGGGGAGGGAGGUGGUGGGGGAGAGGCACCCCAGGAUGGGGCUGCCCCCCUCACCCAGGCCGUGCCAUGCUGUGGUGCUGGGGACCCUGCUGGCACCACUGCGGGGAACAGCCAAUUUUAUGAGAAUUCCCUGACAAGAAACUAGAGACAAUUCCCAACUUGUGAAGCAGCCGCUUGGCGCUGGCAGCUCUCAAGGACUUCAUACGAGUGCAGCAGUUGGUGGAGGGUUCCUACCCAUCUGGAUCUCUCUUUUUCCUUCUCUCCUUCCUCCUCUGAGAGGGUGGCCCUUUCCUGAGGAGACAGCUUUCUUUCUGACCCUUGCCUGAUUUUGAUUGACCUCUGGGUUUCUGUUCACUCGGCAAUCUCCUGCUCUUACUUGCUCCAAAGGAUUAAAGUAAUUUUUUUGAUUAUUUUUCUGUUUAAGAAGAAAAAAAAAACCUAUUAUUUCAGGAACUGAAAGCUUUAAGAAUCUGGAUUAUUUUCUGUGGUUUUCAUUUCACUGCACCUAAUACCUGCUUUAAUGUGUUUCCUCUCAAGAGGCUCUUACUGGUUUACUUCUUGUCUUAGUUUCUGCUCACUCUAGUUCAAGGCCACUGCAGUGCAGAGGCAGAUUUCAUCCUUUCUCUGCACAUUAUCCUGUGCAUUCAGCAGGAAACAGAUUUUCUAAUUAAAUUCUGAGCUCAUUUAUUGAAGGAGCAGUCUCCUUCCUUUCAGAGAAAAAAGGGUGUUCAAGGUAGAGAGAAGAGACACCAGAGCUCUUUUGAGAGAGACUGGGGGGGGGGAAGG